UUUUUUUCAUGCUCACUGUACAGUUAAAAGGCCAUUUGGCAUGCGCACAUCCAUAGGAGACCGCAGGUCGGUGUUACGUAAGCCGAUGUCGAGCGGAAGUCAUGUUUGGUGUAUUUGCCAUGACGUUUCCUUUCUGCGUGCUUUAGUUCUGUGCGCUGCACGCUGCGCGUAAUCAUCACCCACCGCCGGCAGACCUUCUCUCCUUCUCUCUCUCCUUCUCUCCUUCUCUCUCUCCUUCUCUCCUUCUCUCUCUCACGGUCCCGGACGGUUUGUUUUCAUCUGCCGGGCACCGGGAAGGCGGAGCCCGGCUCUUUGAACCAGGAGGCACAGGAACGUUUCUGAGAUGUAGCUUUUCUGGCAAAUCUAUCGGCAGCAUCGCUUUCCAAACCCACCUGUCACCUCGCUGCUUAGGACGGAAGCAAGGACGGAAGGAAGGAGGGAAGGAAGGAAGGAAGGAAGGAAGGAAGGCAAACAGGCGCUGGGAUGCCGAUGGAUUCAUCUUGGAGGGAAAGUUCAGCCUGUUUUCAGUUAGCGACUCACUUCUUGUCGUGAUUCGUCUAAAUUCACAACCUGCACCGAGGAAGACGAGGCACCUCUUCAUCUGUAGAAACAUUUCACCCAAGAUCCAUCAGCUGUUCAAACAUCAACGUACGAGAACCCAAACAGCAAGCUUAAGAAAUGGACCAAAAUACUCCGAUCCAAAUCCAGACGGAGGAAGACGACCCAAAAGGAGCAGCAGACGCUUUAACAAUAACUCCAGCUACAGAACCGGAGGCAGCGGGUCCAGCCACAGAUUCCACCCAGCCUGCAGCUCCUGCCAGGCCCCGACGGCCACAGAGAAGUGCCAGAGUAGAGGGCUCCGUGGACAUCUCUGAGCCCAAAGCUGAGCCCAAAGCCGAACCCACUCUGGUGGCAAACCAGCAGGAGACAGAAUCUGACGGCCCAGCGGCCAGUCGCCCCAAACCUUCUCGCACUGCAGCAUUCAAACCCACAGGCGAGCGCGCCGGGCCAAGCGCCAAGGCUGGUCCGAAAGGGCCGGGCCACCACCCGGUGAGGGCUGCGUCGGUGCCCCACCCACCGGACAGCAGGCCCGUGGCUCCUCACUCAAACCCUCAUGCACAGCGGGCGUUCUCUGUAGCCGGUACUGCAGACACACAGGCCCAGCUUGUGGAAGACUUCAGGCUGCACUUCAUCACUUGGAACGUGGGUUCGGCCACACCGCCUGAUGACAUCACCUCCUUGCUGGGGCUGAAUGUGGGAGAUGGAAACACUGACAUGUACAUUAUUGGGCUGCAGGAAGUGAACUCUAUGAUUAACAAAAGGCUGAAAGAUGUCCUCUUCACAGACCAAUGGAGCGAGGUCUGCAUGGAGAGACUCAGCCCCUUUGGUUAUGUGCUGGUGACCUCCCAGCGGAUGCAGGGGCUGCUCCUCCUGGUCUUUGCCAAGUACUUCCAUCUGCCCUUCCUCCGCGGUGUCCAGACUGAGACCACCCGAACCGGCCUCGGGGGUUACUGGGGGAAUAAAGGUGGUGUUAGCGCCCGCAUGACGGCGUUCGGACACACCAUAUGCUUCCUCAACUGCCACCUGCCGGCUCACAUGGAAAACUCUGGGCAGCGCAUGGAGGACUUUGAGAGCAUCCUGCAGCAGCAGCAGUUUGAGGGCCAGACGGCCACUGGUGUUCUCGACCAUGAUGUGGUGUUCUGGUUUGGGGAUCUUAACUUCCGCAUUGAGGACCUGGAAAUGCAAGUCAUUAAAACCGCCAUCGAUACUAACAAAUUCCCAAUGUUGUGGGAAAAGGAUCAGCUCAAUAUGGCCAAAGACAGUGAGACCGUCUUGGAGGGUUUCCAAGAGGGGCCGCUGAAAUUCCCCCCCACCUACAAGUUUGACGUUGGAACAGAUACAUAUGACACAAGCGGGAAAAAACGUAAACCGGCUUGGACCGACCGGAUCCUGUGGCGCCUGAGAGCCACCGCCGCUGCCGGCGCUGCUCUCGGCGCAGGAAAGCGUGGCUCCACUUUGGGGCUGGCCAGUGGGACCAAAGUGACGCAACACUACUACCGGAGUCACAUGGAAUACACCGUCAGUGACCACAAACCAGUCUCCUCCAUCUUUACCCUGCAGUUCCCGUACAAGUUAGAUGUGCCGCUGGUCACAAUCAUAGUGGAGGAUGAGUGGAACAGUAUCGAAGAUGCCGUAGCAAAAUUCCGCCUGGUGCCCAACUACCCCCGCAGCUCCUGGGACUGGAUCGGACUGUUUAAGGUGGGUUUCAAGCACCAUAAGGACUAUGUGGGAUACGUGUGGGCCAAGCAAGAGGAAGCGGACUUUACUCGACAAGAGCACCAGGUAACCUUUACUGAGGAGGAAUUACCAAAAGGCUCAGGAGACUUCAUCUUGGGUUACUAUAGCAACAACAUGAGCACCAUUGUGGGUGUAACAGAGCCAUUUCAGAUCCAGCUCCCAGCUUCAGGUCUUGAUGCCAGUUCUUCGGACAGCUCUGACUUCAGCUCAGACGACGACGGCACCGUCGUCCCCACCAAGGGGGGGUCCCGCAGCCCCAGUCCGUGCAAAGCAAAGCACCGCAGCCACCGUAGCCACAGCCGCUCUGGAAGCCCCACACAGGCCAACGUGAAAGUGCUGGACGUCGCCACGACACCAGCUGAGCGUGAGUCCACAGGACGUCCAGCAGAGGACAGCAGCGGCCAGGUCUCUGCUUCCGAGGAGAAAGAAAAAGACGCACAGGGUUCAGGGGUCUGAAAGCAAACCUCGUCCUGCUGUCGUCACAGAUCACACAGCCUAAUGUCGUGUCUUUGAUCGAAUACAUCCAUUACUCUGUAUGUUUUCUGUGAUAAAAUGAUACAGGUUCUGAUGCCAUCCUUUUCAGGAACAGCCAUCUGGUUGGUCCAGACGGCUUACUGUUUGCCUUGAGUUGUUCUAUUGAGCUGUGCACAUUGUAUAUAUUUUUUUAUUUGUAAGUCUUUUCACUCGGUCCUGUGUUUCUUCUACCUUUUGUCCGUUCUCAGGUGUGGACAGUACAGGGAGCUGACACAUUGCAUUAGGAAAUACUCAAGGAUCACAUGGUCAUGCAGCGUACGACAAUGGUUUCAUACCCUGGACGGUCAGCAGACAACAGUAAAGGCUUUUGAGUCUGAUAUUCCUGCCACAAACAUUACUCACAAAUCAAUUGCAUUAGUUGUGAAACAUAUAUCCCUCUGACCACAGAGACAGAGUUAAAAAAUAGUUUAAAUCCAAAAUACUCGACGGGUCAAUCAACAACACAACAUCCUCUGCUAAUGGAGAGUUCCAUGCAUUGGAUUGAAUUGGUGAUGCAUCUCCUGGUGUGGAUUUCCCUGCUUUGGAAAUGCAGCAUACACCAACCAGGGGAAUAACAUGCAGGAAUCAUUUCAAACGUUCCAACAAUAAAAAGAGCAGAACCAAAGUGGGUGGGGACGGGUUUAGGGGCCUUGGCUGCUGCUCAUGGUCGCAGAACAGCACACGACAGCCUAGAAAAGUUUAUAUAUAUAUAUAUAUAUAUAUGGAUUAAAUGAGUGCAGUUGGAUGUGAUGGUCGUAGAAGCUGUCAGCUCGCAGAGCGUAUCUGUCUUGCCAAAACUAGUUGAUUAAUUGUUUGUCACUAUCCCUGCUUUGCCAACUUCAGUGGCAACAACCACAGCAAUAUCUGAAGCAGGAUACACUUACAGUGCGUUUCUGGGACCACUAUACGUUUGUCAUUUAAUGAGGCAUAUCCAAGCAGUUUAGUUACCUUUGCCAAAAAAUACACGGGAAAAAAAGACUCAUCUUAUUCUUUUUUACUCUAUUUUCAUGUAUGAUAUGAAAAUAAAAUGUAUUUUGUGUAUGAUCGUUUUGCAAAAACUCAAGUAAAACUGAUAAUCAAUCUGGAUAUCUCUGACAAAUGUGAGCAGGAGCUCUACUAUGUAGAGCUGCUAUGGGGCUUUGCAUUGUAUGAAACAAAGCUCCACUCUAGUGAAAUAUCUCCAUGCCAAUGCGUUAUUUUAACUACAUUCAAUGGUCCUACCUAAUGCUUUAUUUUAUUAGAUGAUUUCUUUUCAGGUGUCAUUCGCUCAGAUCCAUCUAGUCAUAGGGGUUAGCCGACCAUAACAGUAGUCGUCAUGUUGCAUUGUUACUGUGUGACCUCUGAUGCACCAUUUUAGACACAUUGUACUUUUGGGCUGUUAGCGUAGGACAGUGUGUGCUGUUGUAGCUGUAAGUGUCUGUAUUCAGUUUCUGUGUGGAUGUGUUUUUAUGGAUGUGUGUGUGUGUGUGUUUGUUUGGGAGUGUGUGUGUGUGACUGUGUUUGCAUGUUUGCUUACAUACUGUACAUUCCGGUACUGUAAUUCUUGUGCCGUAAAGUGCUGUUUUUGACUCCUCUUUGUUAUAAUAGUGGAAGUGAAAUUUGUUAGAAAAGCUUGUUGAGAACAGUGACGAUGUAAACGUGUUAAGUGAAGACAUGCAGUUAAGCUUGCAUUAAUCUGAAAUAGUUUGAAAAAAUGUCAUAGUACAUUCUUGUAUUGUCUUUGAAAUGAAAAUGCUAAUGGGCCUUUGUUUAGAGUAAUAUGUUUAAAAAAGAUUAAGAUUGUACAACUUUGUCUUACUUUAGGUCAUUUAGAUAAGUAAGGUCAGUUCUGCUGUCAUGACCAGUAACUAUCUAUUGUGAAAUGGAAAAAAAUAUCAGAAUGUUAUUAUUUUGUAAUUAUGUGGCUAAAAUAGAAGAAAUAUAUACACGUAAAGGAUUAAUAUUAAGUAUGUUAGCAAAUUAUAUAUAGGAGACAAUCUAUGCCGCAAUGAUGAUUUUACCUAAAUUAUGUAUUUAUUUUCCUAUUUCAUUUUUAAAUGAGCCUGAAUUCUGCUGGCCAGUGAGGGAGCAUUAUGUCAAAAGUUAUCAGAGAAUAUUGAUGAUUAUUUUCUUCUCCUGUAAGGACCUAGUGAACAUUCUCCAUUUUAGCCAAAAUGUUGCUUUAAUUGUCUGAAAUGAGGAUUGUUUAGUCAACAGAUAUUUGUAUAAUUAUGAAUGAAAUCGACUAAAAAUAUUAGACGCCUGUGAGAAAUCAUAAGAAAAGUUUAUCUCAGUGAAAACAUCUGAUCAGCUCAGUGAGAAGGGUUUUUUAGGGGCUGCUUUGCUUUGUUCUCAAACCCCGAAACUAGUGAAACUGUCCAAAGACAAAAUAUACUCUCCUUCAAACUGUGCUGUCUGUGUGCUUCCUGUGUGUUUAUGAA